AUGCUCGACUUGCUGGUGCUGAAGAUUGAAGAUCCAGGUUGCUUUUGGGUUAUUAUAAAGGGAUGUAGUCCCUUUUUAGAUCAUGAAGUUGACUACAAAAAACUAAAUAGUGCCAUGAACAAGUUCUAUAAUGGCAUGUGUCAAGACACAGAAGUAAAGCCACUGGUGUUGGAAGAAGGUCAGGUCUGUGUGGUUUAUUGUCAGGAACUAAAAUGCUGGUGCAGGGCUAUUAUUAAGUCAAUUGUGUCAUCAGCUGAUCAUUAUCAGGCAGAGUGCUUCCUGGUGGAUUUUGCCAAGUACAUUCCAGUAAAAUUGAAAAACAUCCGAGUUGCAAUGGAAAGUUUUUUGCAGCUUCCCUACAGAGCAAAGAAAUUCAGAUUAUAUUGCACAAAGCCUGUUACCUUACAUAUUGACUUUUGUGAAGACAGUGCUGGAAUUGUACCCUCCAGGAAGUGGGAUAGUGCUGCCAUUCAGUAUUUCCAGAGUGUUAUCAAAGAAACUACCCAGGUGGAAGCCAAAUUAUGUGCUGUGGAAGAAGAUACUUUUGAGGUUUAUCUUUAUGUAACUAUGAAAAAUGAAAAGGUAUGUGUUAAUGACAACCUGGUUGCAAAGAAUUUUGCUUAUUACGUAUCACCCAUGGAAAAUAAAAAAAGCCUUGAUUGUUUGGAGAAACCAAGAAUGAAUAUAAACUCAGCAUCAUUUUCCAGUAAACUCAACCCAGCACUUACUCUCUGGCCAAUGUUUUUGCAAAGAACAAAUUGUCAAGAAAUGAAAAGUGAGUUAACUUUUCUGGCACAGUCUCUCCCACGUUCAUGGCUCAAUAAUGUGAACAAAGGACCCACUGUCACAGUCCCGGAUCAGACUCUGAAAAACAAUACAGAUUCAUUGAGAAAUUUACCUAAAAAGACACUUGACGAGGAACAACAAUGCAUUCCUUUGGAAGAUGUAAACAAGUGUGUUGAAUCUUCAGUGAACUGGCCAACAAAGAGAGGCAUAACCAUUUAUGCUGAGCCGGAUUUAUCAGCCCCAAGUACAUCAUGUCAGAAGCCAAAUGAGAAAUCCUUCAGAUUGGCUGAGAAGAAAGAAUACAAUGAGAAGAAUGGCUGUGUGAAAUUAUUGCAGUUUUUGAAUCCUGAUCCUUUGAAAGCUGGUGGAAUCUCUGAUUUGCAGCAGUUGCAGAAGUUGAAAUCAGGCAUGCAGCAGUCCUUGGUGGUACUCCGAAAUAAGGUGGAGCCUUGCUUAUCCAAUGACGUGUUGCCGCUUUCUCCACACCUGAAAAAGAUCCUCCAGAGAAAUAAGUUUCCAGGACCGAGCCACACAGAGUCUUAUGCUUGGCCUCCCAUAGCCCGUGGCUGCGAUGUGGUGGUCAUCUCUCAAUGUGGAAAGGACCCUUUGCUCUACUUACUGCCAGUGCUCUCAAUUCUGCAAACAGAGGGCUGCUAUAAGUCAUUAGAAAGUAGAAACGGACCUCUGGCAGUCAUCGUUUGCCCUGGGUGGAAGAAGGCCCAGUUUAUUUUUGAAUUAUUGGGAGACUACAUUGCAUCCUCUAGGCCUCUUCACCCCAUGUUACUAACAAUUGGACUCAACAAAGAUGAAGCCAAAAACAUGAAGCUCCCAAGAGGGUGUGACAUGAUUGUUACAACACCACAUAGCCUCCAGAGAUUGCUCAAAUAUCAAAGCUUGUUAUUUCUUAGACUCUGUCACCUGAUUUUGGAUGAGGCAGACAUAUUAUUUGUUGAAGCUAAUGAACAAAUGCUUGCUAUACUAGAUAAUUUUAAAAAAUAUACUGAAGAAAGGGAGUCCGCCCCACGUCAGAUUGUCGCUGUGGGAGUUCACUGGAACAAGCACAUAGAACAUUUAACCAAGGAGUUCAUGAGUGACCCCUAUGUUGUCAUUACAACCUUGAAGGAGGCGGCUCUUUAUGGCAGCGUCCAGCAGAUAGUGCAUCUUUGCCUAGAAAGUGAAAAGACUUCUACAUUGCUCCAGACUUUUGAUUUUGUUCCCAGUCAAGCACAAAAGACCUUGAUCUUCACCUGUUCUGAAGAGGAGACAGAAAUGGUGUCUAAGGUCAUAGAAUGCAAUUCAAUAUUUUGCCUGAAGAUGCAUUCGGGCUUGAUUUAUAACUUAAAGAGUGUUUUAGAACAGUGGAAAAAGAAGCUAAAUUCUGGCUCUCACAUUGCAUUAGCCUUAACAGAUAACUGCAUUCCUCUCUUGGCCAUCACUGAUGCUACUUGUGUGAUUCACUUCAGCUUUCCUUCCUCGCCAAAAAUAUUUGGUGGACGCCUAUAUUGCAUGUCUGAUCAUUUUCAGAGUUUAACUGAACAGGGAUUUUCUGCAGAACAAGGAGACAGGAAAACCAAAUCUGUCUUGCUGCUUACGGAGAAAAAUGCAUCUUACGCAGUUGGUGUUCUACACUACCUGGAGCGAGCAGAUGCCAAGAUUCCACCUGAGCUCUAUGAAUUCACUAAAGGACUCCUGGUAACCAAAGAAGAAAGGAAAGCAAGGAGGCCUCUUUGUCCAUCUCUUAAGUCUUUUGGUUUUUGCAAAAACAAAAGAACCUGUCCUGAUCGACACCAGAUUAACCCAGAAAUAGACAUGCCAAAGAACACCUCAAACCAAGCUCUUCCAAAAUUUGGAUACAUUAAAAUAAUUCCCUUUUAUAUUAUGAAUGCAACUAAAUUCCUUGGUCGUAUAAUCGAUAAACACGUGGAUCUUUAUGUAACUCUUAAUGCUGAAAUGAAUCAGUAUUUUGAAGAUUCCAGUAAUAAAACAGUUGUUGAAAAGGUGGAGAGAUUUGGAUUAUAUGGAUUGGCAGAAAAAGCAGUUUUUUAUAGGGUGCAGGUGUUGGAGAUGAGCCCGAAUGAAGACACCUGCAUACAGGACAAUGUCCUAGUCAAGUUUAUAGAUGAGGGCAAGACUGAGUUGGUCAAAAGAGACCAACUGCUACAACUCCCAGAACAUUUCCACACACUUCCCCCACAAGCUGUGGAGUUCAUUGUGUGCAGAGUAAAGCCUGCUGACGAUGAGGUUGAAUGGAACCCAAAGGUUACUAGAUUUAUUCAUCACAAAAUUAUCGGAAAAACUCAUGAUGCAAAAGUGAUACUGGCUUUGGGAAAUACAGUUUGGAUCGAUCCAAUGGUGCACAUCACAAAACUUUCAAACUUGAAAACAUCUAUUAUUGAUUAUAAUGUUCGAGCUGAAAUUUUGUCGAUGGGAAUGGGCGUUGAUAAUUCAGAGAACACAAUAGAACAAUUGGGAAAAUUAUACAAAGAAGCUAAAAUGCCAGACUUUGAAGAAUAUUUAAGCCAAAUCUCGCCUCCUGCUUCAGCAGAAGAUGUUGCUGAUCCUCAGAGCACCCAGCCAGAAGACAAGGACUCAGAAGGAGCCACUAACUCUGGGGCGGACAUACAGGACCACAAGCCUGAACCUUUACAUGAAAACACUAAAGGUGCUCCCAUGAGCAAGACGGCAGAGCCAGUAAGAAGCUUCCACCCCCACAUCAAAUGGUUCCAGAAAGAUGAUGUUGUCAUCCUGAAAGUAAAACUGAGAAAUGUGAGAGAUUAUAAAUGUAAAUACUUUCAAGAUAGAGUUGUUUUCAGUGCCUGGGUGGAAGACAGAUUUUACUUGGCUGACAUGGCACUCCAGGGCAACAUCAUAAUGGAUGACUCCAAAUGCCUUAUUAGAGAUGAGGAGCCUGUAAUCACGCUUGCGAAAGAGAAUAGGGAAUCCUGGUGUAGCUUACUCAAACAGAAGAUUCCUAAUGUGACCUUUGACUUGAUCACUGGGAAGAAUGCGAAGAGGGAAAACCACUUCUCCAAGGUCGUGCAUUCGAAACCCUUGUCCUUCAAAGUGCCAGAGGUAGUUGAGGACAGUGAAAGCACGUCAGAAGAGGAUGAAAGUAUGAGUGAAUGAGAACCAGAGUCCUGACGGGGGCUGGAGACUGCAUGGAAUGAUGA